AUGCACAAGGAGAAGGAGGAUCUUCACGUACACAGACGAGAGCACUACGACCACAUCAUGCCAGAUGGGGAAAUGUUCCUUCAGGCCCUCAACGGUUUUCUUAUGAUCCUGACAUGCGAGGGAGAGGUUUUCUUCGCAACACACAGCAUCGAGAGUUAUUUAGGCUUCCACCAGUCAGACAUUGUCCACCAAUCGGUGUACGAGCUGGUCCACUCAGAAGACCGCGAAGAGCUGCAAAGACAAUUGCUGUGGAACUCAUUCCUACAACCGGAAGUCAGCAACUUGACUCUUCAGGAUGUGCUGAGGCCGGAGAGGGCUCAUCUUCUCGAACGAAGCUUUACAGUGCGGUUUAGAUGUUUACUCGAUAAUACUAGUGGCUUCCUGAGGCUAGAUAUAAGAGGUAGAAUAAAAGUACUCCACGGUCAGAAUAAGAAAACUGAAGAUCCACCAUUAGCCCUGUUUGCAAUUUGCGCACCUUUUGGACCUCCAAGCUUACUCGAAAUUCCUCAAAAAGAAGUUAUGUUCAAGAGCAAACACAAGCUUGAUCUCUCUUUAGUCUCUAUGGAUCAAAGGGGGAAAAUGUUACUUGGCUACACAGAUGCAGAACUGGCAAAUAUGGGAGGAUAUGACUUAGUCCAUUAUGAUGAUCUAGCCUACGUUGCAAGUGCACAUCAAGAAUUGUUAAAAACCGGAGCAUCAGGGAUGAUCGCGUACCGGUUUCAAACGAAGGACGGUCAAUGGCAGUGGCUUCAGACUUCCUCUCGUCUCGUCUACAAGAACUCGAAGCCAGAUUUUGUCAUCAGCACGCAUAGACCGUUAAUGGAGGAAGAGGGAAGAGAUCUUCUUGGAAAACGUACAAUGGACUUCAAAGUGAGCUAUCUGGACACUGGGCUAACUAGCCUCUACUUCUCUGAAACUGAACAGCUGUCCAACGAGUCCACAGUUAGCACACCUCCCCGAGCGGCACGACGGUAUAAAACGCAACUUCGAGACUUCCUAUCCACGUGCAGGAAUAAGAGAAGAGUUCCGUCUACACCAGCGCCACCUCCAGUAGAUUAUUUAGCAGCGGAUGCUGUAGCAGCAUACACGAACCUCAACGGAGCCUACACAGCCCCCUAUGGAGAGUAUCCCCCAGCUCCCACAUUACACUACGCCCCUCCACUAGACGAUAGAUUCCUUACACCCGAUAACCUCUUCCAUCAAUACAAACCCCUAUCUUACCACUAUACUCCAUACACCCCGAAUGGGUUCCUAGAACCCCCUCCACCAGGGUACGAUGUUACCACCUACAGACCCCCAUCGAGGGAAUACACGUAUGUAGAUAGCACCGGAAGAUACAUGAGCCCCGUGACCGGUGAAAGAAGGUCGCCCAGCGUCGUCCCCGGGCCGAGUCCUGGCGGUUCCAGUGGCUCAACAGAACAGGAUAGGAUGCAGCAGAGUGCAUCGGAGAUGCCGAGGCAGACGGUGCUCAUGUGGGGUGCGGGGGGCGCGGCGCAGGAGGUCCCCGUGGAGUACUCCCCGCCCCAGAAAUUAGAAGCACCAGCUCCUUUUCCAGACGUUGUCGAUGUAGAAAAUUUACCACCUCGCACUCCAUUAAGGCAAAUGGCUCCCGAGACGCCUCAGUCAUCGACACCGAGGCAAGAACAAACAAAUGAUCAUACCAAAAAGAUCCUCCAACAUGUUUUACAGAAUGGUUUAAGAGGAAUACCAGCUAGCAAAGAGCUGUCUAAUAAGAACAACAUUGUCACGCAUGCCACCAUGACCAAGAGACUGCUAUGA